GCAACCCGCCGCCACCGUGGGGACAGCAGCAGGAGGAGGCGGGCGAGGCCGGGCUUGGAGGCUGAGCCGGGAGAGAGCGGCUCUUCCCGAGGAGGCGGCGGGGACCGCAGGCAAAUGAGAAAGCAAAUCUCUUGAAACAUAAGCAGUGGUACUUUCCUGGAGGGAGGAGAUGGGAAUUCUCCUGUUGCUCUGAGUGUUGCCAGGUGCCAGAAGUGGUCCACAGUGGUGGUGGACAGUUAUUCUGAGUGACGGCCCUUGCACACGCUUCUGAGUGGUUAUCAUGGGCUUCAUUGCCUUUCUGAAGACCCAGUUCAUUGUUCACCUCCUCAUUGGGUUCGUCUUUGUUGUGAGUGGACUGAUCAUUAACUUCAUUCAACUAUGCACACUAGUCCUCUGGCCCAUAAACAAGCAGUUUUAUCGCCGAGUAAACUGUCGUCUUGCCUAUUCACUUUGGAGCCAGUUAGUAAUGCUGCUGGAAUGGUGGUCGGGCACAGAGUGCACCUUGUUCUCAGACGAGGCUACGGUGAAUACCUUUGGGAAAGAGCAUGUCAUCAUCAUCUUGAAUCACAACUUUGAAAUUGACUUCUUGUGUGGCUGGACUAUGACGGAGCGCUUUGGAGUGCUGGGGAGUUCCAAAGUUCUUGCUAAGAAAGAGCUAUUGUACGUGCCCUUAAUUGGCUGGACAUGGUACUUCCUUGAGAUUGUUUUCUGCAAAAGGAAAUGGGAAGAAGACAGAGAUACAGUAAUUGAGGGAUUAAAACGUUUGGCUGACUAUCCUGAAUACAUGUGGUUUCUCCUGUAUUGUGAAGGAACUCGUUUUACAGAGACAAAGCAUCGUAUCAGUAUGGAGGUAGCUGAAUCCAAGGGGCUGCCCAAACUGAAGUACCACCUGUUGCCCAGAACCAAAGGUUUCACCACUGCUGUCCAGUGUCUCAGGGGAACAGUUUCAGCAGUAUAUGAUGUAACACUAAAUUUCAGAGGAAACAAGAACCCAUCUUUAUUAGGAAUUCUCUAUGGAAAGAAAUAUGAAGCAGAUAUGUGUGUAAGGAGAUUUCCUCUGGAAGAUAUCCCUCAAGAUGAAAAGGAAGCUGCAAACUGGCUUCAUAAGCUUUACCAAGAAAAGGAUGCUCUGCAAGAAAUGUACAACCAAGAAGGCACGUUUCCUGGCCAGCAGUUCAAACCACCUAGGAGACCAUGGACUCUCCUAAACUUCCUCUUCUGGGCCACAGUUCUUCUCUCCCCUCUCUUCACAUUUGGCUUUGGAGUUUUUGCAAGUGGAUCACCUCUCCUUAUCCUUGCGUUCCUGGGAUUUGUCGGAGCAGCUUCCUUUGGAGUUCGUAGACUGAUAGGAGUAACUGAAAUAGAAAAAGGCUCCAGCUAUGGCAACCAAGAAUUCAAGAAAAAGGAAUAACUGACAGCUGCAGUUGGGCACGUAUAACCAGACUAUGGUAUCCGAUUAACUUCAGUUAAAAAAAAAAACAACAAAAAACACCACAAAAACAAUAAACAUUUAGAAACUAUCUUUUUCUUAAUAACUGAUGACUAAUAUUAAUGAAUAAAACUUGAGCCAAGAAUGAAGAAUCUGGAGGAAUCACCUGAAGAGAAUGCAUCGACUUUCUGCCUGUUUAAGGAUUACUGUAGUCAAACUGUGGGAGAAAAUCAGGGUGGGGGGAGGAAGAACCUAAAUUUUCUUGCUUUGUUUGGGGGUAGGGGGAGAAAAUGAUGUCAUUGAAUAUGGGCUGUGUGCAUCUUCAGAUGACUGAAUACACUGGUUUCUGUCAAGAGCACUACAUUCACUUUUACAAGAGGAGCUGCAGAACGUUUCCUCUUGCUAAAGCCAACAGCAUUUGUUGAUUUUCAACUUUUUUAAUUAACGAUCCAGGAAAAAAAACAACCAUCCUUGAGUUAAUUGACAUGUUCACCGGGUUAGUCAUUUUGGAAAGGUUGUGUUGUCAUGGCUACAGAUUAAAUCCUAUUUGUAUGUUACACUGAUACUUCUUAUUUUUCAGGCAACUUCUUAAAACUUCUGUAAUGUUAGAGAAUUGGUAGCGGAGUUUGGAAGCGUUGCAUUACUGAUCAGUACAUACCAUAGAACAGAUCCACUGGUAUUUAACUGGUAUAGAUUUCCCAUCAUAGCUCCUGCCAACUGCUCAAGGCUGUUUAAUCACCAGAUAUUACUUCAGUCUUGAGUGUGAUUUGCCCUGUUUCACAACGUACACACAUGUAAUUUUGAACUUGCUCGAGUUCGGUUUGUUUUCUGAAUUUGGACGAUGGGAUUUGGAGUUGUGCAAAGAAGGAAACUUGUCCAGUUGUCCUGAUGUUUUCUCCCUCUGUUUCUGUUGAUGUAUGUCAUCACUUAAGUCCAGUUCAAUCAGUGUCUCUUAGUAAAAAGGGAGAUAACAGCAGAAAUGAGCACCAUAGUUUUCAUAGUGCUGUCCUUUACAAGAAUUCUCAAAGGAAAAGUCUGUAGCAGUCAGAUUGCAAAUACUGGCAUCUCUUGAACUUCUAAUGGGAGUUGAUACAGAUGAAAGUGAGAUCCUACUCAUGUGUAGAGCAUGCUGCACUUUCUACUUGGUUGUGCUAUAGAUAUUAAUGUGAAGAAUAUUACAAGGUGACUUGUUGCUGUUAAGCAUUAGAAUGACUAUGGGGUCUCUUCAGGGAUAUUCAAUGCCUUUAGUUUUGCUCAUUGACCUUUAGAUUUUUCCACAGAAAAUAGAGAUCAGAAUCAUGGCUGUUCCUGUCUUCUCCCCCUUCCCCUUCCCCCCCUAAAUGCACAGUCUAAGAUUACUGCAGUUUACUGCUGUCUGCACAACUACAGAACAAUUUACAGAUAGAUGGGAGUUACCUAUACGUGUAAAUCUGAUGGCCAAAAUGUGCAUUUAGCUACAGUGGGAAAUGGGUUGCAGAUCCAUAGCUGAGGGCAGAAGCUGACCCUUGAGGUCUGUCAGUUUAACCCAGCUGCCACUAGAAUAUUUAUCUCACUUCUGUAAACAGAGGAUCUUAUCAGAACACUGAUAGUUAUUUUUCAUCUUUGCCCUAGUAACAAAGAUAAAAGAGUAAUAAUUUACCUUCUUUUCAUAUUUGUUCUGUUGGAUUGUAGCCUUUUCUCCUACAUGUUUCUCUAUUUUCAAAAACUACAAGAGAAAUUUUGUAACUUGGAAGAAUAUUUUACUGUGGGUCAUCAAUCACUGUUGUCGUGCACUUGAUUUUUACGAGUGAUUUUUCCAACAAAAGGAUUUGAAGGAUGACCUGUGUUGUCUGUCUCUGCUUAGACUUAUCCUCACUGAAUCAAUGUACCCGCAGCCUCAGCAUUAGUACAUUAUCUUUCAACUCCAAAAAAUCUUCCCUAAGAUAAAGGAUAAGCAACUGUUGUUAGUGAAAUUUGGAAUACUCUUUAGGAAUUGAGAACAGAUCCUAGCCAUGACUCUGUUCUCCUUACUGAAUGCUUUUGUACUUAAAGAUGGUUAGGAUUGCAAAUGCUGAUAAAGAUAACACUCUGAUUUUUCACUUUUUUAAGCAGAAGACUAAAACCAGCGGGCUUUUCUUUCUUUUCUUUUCCCUUCCCUUUUCUUUUCCCAUAAGUAAUUCAUUAAUGGAUAUUUUGGGUAUAAUUCUUGUUUCUUAGAGAGGUGUUACAAAUGCUGUAUACUUGCUUCCUGAAGAUGAUAGUGAGUGUAAGUAGACUGUACUGGCAAAGCGAGGCUUGCAAAGCAGGCUGAUCACUGUUUUAUACUUACAUUUUAAGCAGUAUAUUAAUGGGGCAUGACAAGAUUUUCACAAAAUAAAUCCCUUCUUAAUGUUGAGAAGAGGGGUAGUGUUUAAAGGAGAAAGGAAUUAAUAGCCUUUCUCUUUAUGGGAUACUCUUCUCCUCUCAGUGCAUGCAACUUCCUACUAGGAAUCAUGGGACUAAUGCAUGUACAUCAAGGGGAGAAUAACCCAUAUUUCUUAUUUCCUUUUAACUUAUUGGUCAUGCUUUCUUUUUGAAAAUAUGGUACAUGCAUCAUCAUUUAAUUAAUUUGCUCUUCUAAGGAAACAUAUCAGUAACCAUUUGGAAAACUGAAAUAUACAGCAGUGCACAAAACAGUACAAAACCAACACAAAGCUCUUCAUUUUGAAUUUUGCCUCUUAAAAUAGGGGUUUUUAUAUACACGCACGCACACAUACGCAGUAUGUAUAAAUUAAAAUAACUUGAAAUAGCUAAAGUUAAUGUCACUGACAAAGAUUAGCAAGUGGCUUGGGUUGGAAAAGUGAGCAUAGAUUUUAUAUCUUACACAAUUUUCUUCUGGUUUAAUAGAACGUAGCUUGUAUAUUUGACUACCAAGCCCUCUAAGAGCAAUAAUAAACAAAAUAUAUCAUGUUUUUUUGUCUUUUGCUUUCCAACAUGCUGUAUAAGUUUAAUAAACAUAAAGCUAUAGGAGCAUUUUCUCUCUCCACCUUUCAAAACAUUCAUUUAUUGUUUGAUUAGAUUAGACACCAUGUCUUUCAGUAUGGACUUGCAAGCUGACUCAUGGAGUUCAGCAUUGCCUCUGAAGAUGACUGAAAUGGGCCAUGGCAGCACUGAGCGUUGUAACGAAGAACAACAAUAUCGCUCUCAAAGCGGGAUUUGCAGUUCCAAGAUGGCAUCAUGUUGACCUAUGUCUGAGAAGCUGGGGGGAGAGCUCUGAGACUGCUGGCAUGGUAACGUCUUUCAGUGAGGAAGGCACAAACAGCUGAUGCUGAAGAAGGACCGGUUGUGAUAUGUUUGGAUAACUGGUAUCCAGACAUCUUGGCUCAACAGGGAUUACAGUUCUCUGUUGCUCAUUGUGGGCUGAAUGUGCUCUUGCAAUUGACUUAGUGUUACUGAGCAAAAUAUUUGUCUCUGGCACGAACAGCACUGGCAACGUUCCUUUGUUCUGCUUUAACAUAUCUUGAAGGGCUCUAUACUUAAUUGCUGACCAAUGAAUAUGACACUACCUUGUCCUAAUUGCCUAGUAUUCACAGAAAAAAAAAGUGAAUGUGUCUGCUCACUUCCAUGUGAUACCUACCACUUGUCACCACCUACUGAUGUCUGUAUAUUCGCUUGUCUGUAUUUUCCACAGAUGAUUCCUUUACAACCUGGCUGGAACUUGGAGAGUUUUCCAGUUUGAACAGUCCUACUGUAAUCACCUCGCAUAGCUGGGUCUUUGUCUUCCUGCAUUUUGUCACUGGUUGAUGUGCCCAGUAGGUCUGAAGGUUGUGUUUAAGUCUACUGAAAAUGCAACUUUGCUGGUUCUGAGCAAAACAUUGUUAGGGACUGUAAAUCCUUCCCAGGCCUGCCUCAUGUAGGCACUCAUUAGCUCUACAGAUCUCUACUGGCAUUGAUGAAACCAGUAAAAGGGAAGCUGGCACAAGCUCUUCAAUAAUAGUCGGAGCAACCAGCAAAUGGGGAUCAAUGUACAGCUGACAAUUGCUAAAGGAAAUACUUGUUCUUAGGACUACCCCCAGAAUCUGUAUUUGCUUUGUGUGCAUUUUGAUUACAGAAAUGUAAGGAUGGAAGCUUUUUGAAAUGCUGAGUUCACACUGUAGAGAGUGUUUCAGAUUGAAGAUGGUCAACAGCUCUGUUUUGGAAUCCUGGAGAAGUAUAUUAGGUGACGGUAAGGCCAACAUUGGACAGACUUUGCCCUACUGCGUUUCAUUGGGAUGCCACAGAUGCAAGUGAAAAAUCCAUUUCCAGUUUCUUUGAACAUUGGAUGCAUGGGAAUAGUUCAUAUCGUCUCCUGGAUGUCCACACACUUAUGUCACUCGGUAUGAAGUUUGUUGUGUACAGCAGUCCCAGCUGCACAAUCCUGGCUUAAGUCUGUGAAGCGAAGUCCAUCCUCUUCAUGGUAAUGCUGGAUUUGAACUUUAACACAGUUUAUCACAGCUGCUCAUUUCCCUAUUUCUGAACAUUUUGAUCCGUGAUGGGCUGCUCCAGAGCUGUCAGUUCUGAAUGAGUGUGAUGCAGGGAUUGGAAGCAGCUAACAGUAGUGCUGAGCUGCAGUACGCACAGCUGAACAGAGGGGCAUGCACAGAUGCAGCUAAAUUCCUGCCCCCAAGAAAUAGAAAGGUUGCCAGGAGUUCUGUAAGGCAGAGAUAAGCACAUAUGUGGGCAGCAAAUUCUGAUCCAUAACAUGAAAGUGAAACCUCUCUGUGACAACUUACACGGUAACCCUCACUUAUUCCCACAUGACUGAAGUCAGAACUGGUCUUCGCGAGACCAUCUCCUCAUUACAGAUGGCAACUUUUGUUUUGCCAUGCUUCCCCCCAUUUAUUCUGAAGGCUAGUUUAUCUGUUCGUCUCAGAUAAUCUCUGCACCAAGAUACUUGCUGAUGUUUUUAACUGCUAUGAUUUUGAGGGAAAACUCUGGAAGCUUGUUUUACCAGUUCUGCCUCAAAUUGCUAGCCACCAGAAAAUGACAUGGAAAUAAUUGGAGUCGCCAUCCCUGGCAGUGUGCAAGAGUCAUCUGGAUGAGGAGCUACGAGAGAUGGUUUAGUGGUUUGUGGUUGCAAUGGUAAUGGGAGAAUGGUUGGACUACAUGAUCUUGUAGAUCCUUUCCAACCUUGUAAUUAUAUGAUUCUGUGAUUCUAUGAUUCUACUUCACACUUUGGGGUUGGGAAGACAUUGGGUUGGCAUCCAUAAGCCUAAUGUGUCACGUUUCCUUUUACCCUUGGCCUCUCUGGGUUUUCAGAGAACUACCCAGAUUUCUUUAAAUGUACCCCCAUGGCUAGAAGCUACUCUGCAGUUUUUGACACUCAGAAGAAGGUUCAUUUGUUUGUUUUCACUUUUGAGAGUACCUGAUUGUAGCUGAUUAUCUAUUUCUUCAAUGCUUUACAAACUCCAUUAGCAAGAGAAGCAUUCUAUCUUUUUUAAAGAGGAAACGUAUUUUAAAAAUAGAAGCUUUAACAGAAACUGGAACGUAAUGAUAGUUUUCAAAUCUAAAUUGAAAGUAUUCUUUAGUAUGGGAGCUGCUAGAACCGAUUUUCAGUCUUACACGAGGUUUUGGGUCGUAUUUUUGUUCUUAGCCAAGGUAUAAAACAUAUUUAGAUUCAUCACCAUCUAAUUUGGGAAGGGCGGCAGAGUGGGCAGCACAAGCUAAUGAGGAAUGCAAAUUCGCCCCAAGGCAUCAGAUAGACCUUCUUUAUUAUGUGCAUUUGCAUCUGUGCACAGAGCCAAGCUGUACCCGUUUGCAUUAUUUUGCUUCAGCUUUGUCAGAAAUAUAUGCUGUGACAGUGGAAUGCUGCUUGCCUGAAAGCCAGCAAGCUGUGUAAAUUGGCAUGUUAUUCUUCUAAAGAUCACCAGCAAGUACUCAAGCUUUAAGGAAAAUCUCUUAGAGGGAACUAACCCUCCUUAACCUUGAUUGAUUGUUACAAACUCAUAACUGGGAGGGAAGCGUAAGUACUGGACGAUCAUUAUCAACCAAAUCUAACGAGUAAUAAAACUGUCUACAGGGUCCACA